AUCGCCAGCUGUGAAAUCGACUUGAUGUACCCCACCAAGUUUGUCACGAUGGAUGACGUCAGGUACAGAAUCUUCAACACCUUGUAUGAGCUGCCCUUGAUCUACAUACUGGCCUGCCUUGUGGACUAUUUCUCCAACAGCUCAGAAUACACCCAAACAGAGAAAGGUGUUAAAGCAGGUGAUGUCACCAUGACCUACGAGUCCAUCUACAACGAUGUAAAUGCUGCUAUGGAAGUAGUCCAUGAUGGCCAGGGCCCACUGAAAACUGACACCUUGGCUGAUGUUGCGAAAUACAUUGUCAAAGAUGAGAGGCUGCCCAUCAUUUUAUCCAGACUGCGAGAGGGUGGUAAAAAGGUUUUUCUUGCCACCAACAGUGACUACAAGUACACAAAUAAAGUGAUGAAAUACUUGUUUGAUACUGAGUCCAACGUAACCAAAAAGGCCUGGGAGGAGUUUUUUGAUUUUAUUGUUGUGGACGCUAAGAAACCAUUGUUCUUCUCACAAGGGACAGCACUCAGGGAGGUCAACAGGACAACUGGUGGACUACACAUUGGAGCCUUCACUGGAAAAUUAAAAUCUAGUGCCAUUUAUUCUGGUGGGUCUGUGGAUGUGAUUAACCAGCUGCUGGGGGCUGAAGAAUCUCUGAACGAGGUCGUCUACGUGGGGGACCACAUCUUUGGUGACAUCCUCAAGUCCAAGAAAGCCCGCGGCUGGCGCACGUUUCUGGUUGUUCCGGAACUGGUACAGGAGCUGUCCGUGUGGACAGAGAAAAGCCACCUGUUUACCAGGCUCUCGGAACUGGACAUUGAGAUAGCUGAGACAUUCAGGUACCUAGACAGCAGUACUAAAGAAACCCCUGACAUUUCCAGGAUUCAGAAUGAGAUCAGGGCUGUAUCUCAUGAGAUGGACCAAUCUUAUGGUACUCUAGGGAGUGUGUUCCGUAGUGGCAACAGACAGACAUUUUUUGCUACCCAAGUGAUGCGCUACGCUGACCUGUACGCCGCGUCCUUCAUGAACUUGACCAACUACCCUCUGUGCUACUGCUUCAGGGCUCCCCCCAUGCAUAUGCCACAUGAGUCUACCGUGGACCAUGAAUGUCGCCUCAGCGAAGAACAGUUCCGCAAGAUUAGUCUCUUCUGGAGGUCAAGGGCGUCUCAGGCUUUAUCUCCCAUUGUUUCAUCUGGGGCUCUGGCAGGCCCACCUCGGCUACAGCGCAGUGAUAGCCUCCUGCCCAGACUGUACUGUGACGCUCCACACUCUCUCACCAACAUCGCUGAUGAGUUCCUCGAGGCUGCACAUGAACCAGGAAAAGCCUCCACCAGCCAGUAGAUGCCACAAAGAAAUGACACAUCUCUUGACAUACACCCUUAAGGAAUGUCAUUUGACAUGUGCUCUCAUGAAAUCUUUGAAUUGCUUAACAUGUAAUCAAAUCUUCACUUGUAUUGUGGAUAAAACAUUUUUAUUUAUCUGUUUUAUUGUUGUAUUUACUACUAUUCUCUUUUACCAAGUAUUUAUGGUAUAGCAAUGAACAAGUACUUUAGUUUGACGUAUGAUAAAGCAAUAUAUUUUGUCAAUCAUCUUAUUUAUUCUAAUGUACAAUCAAAUCAAAACAAGAAUUUGCCAUUAAUUAAACUUAAUUUUUCUUUAUUCUUUUUUCAGCUAUUUUUGUAGCUGUUUGUAAAAAUAUUAAGUCACUGCUGAAUGACUUUCAAAAAGUAAAUGGGGAUCUGUGUGGGGCUUUUUUAUGGGGUUCUGCCUGGGAGUUCUUGGUUUAUCCACGUUCAAACCUCUCCUCAUAGAAUCUCAUAGAACCAAAAUUUAGUUUCAGCUGGUGAAAGCCACAGCAAGUAUUUUGAAAUUUUUAAGAAUCAAAAUUUGUUUGCCUACUACCUAUGAGAAUGACAUGACAUAGCCUCAUUAAUUUAUUUUAUAUUUAGAUCCAGUCCACUUUAUUUCAUUUAACCAAUUGUAAAUAAAAAAAAUUGUUUAAACAAAAACUAGACAGAAAUAUGCACAAAAAAAGAUUGAGAUUUUUUUAUUUUUAAUUACUUCUACUUCUGUUGACCCAAUAUUCUAAAAAAAUAUGGCCAGACAUCGUUUAAAUCCCUCUUUACCUAAAACAAAAAAAAACUAUUUCGUGAAGUGAAUGAUGAUUGGGUGACUGCCAAUAAAAAAUUUCAGGUUUUUUUUUUUAAAAUGAUUCAACUUUCAAUGUGUUCCUGUAGUUUUGACAUAUCAAUUAUUGAAUGGUGCUUCAGGUAUAUCUUCACUUAUUAUAUUAUAUACAUUAUAUUUGAAGAAAUAUUUUUUAUAAAAUUUUUGUUUUAUUGGGCAUUUUCAAAAUACAUUUUUGUUAAUUUGUUUUCAUAGUUUUUAGCUGUAUGGCUUUUUCAGUGUAAGGAUAGUUUUAUUUUAGGCUUGGACUAGAGAGAAUGUUGGUCAGUUUUGGUUUUUAAAUCGAGUAGUAAAUUUUUUGCUC